GACAGCAAAACGUUAUCCACAUUUUCAGUAGUUCCUUGUAAUUUAGACGUUAUUAAUGCAAUCAAAACAACAAAACAAAAAAUUACCCCUUGAAUUGCUUGUUGACAUAUUCGAAGGUAUUGAUGGGGAAAUAAUUGAAUUGUCUAAAGUUUUCAAAAAACAAAAAUCAACGGUAGAACAAAAAGAAUGUGAAAAAUUGUGGGUUAAUCGAGUUAAUAUUUUGUUGACUUCUUCGUCUAUUAUUUAUUUAUUUAUUGGGGAAAAUUGUCAAAAAAUAUGGUCAUUAAUCCUCGAGGAAAGAGAAUUUGUUGAAAAGAUAAAGCGUUUGAAAGAAGAAGAGCAAUUACUUGAAGAAAGGGUGGACUUACUUGAGGAUGAAACUUUUGAAUUAAGAAAACAAAUUGCUAAACUUUUUGAGGAAAAAAGGAAAAAAUUAAAUGAAAAACACACAAAAAGACUCGAGAAAAAUCAAGCAAAAAUUAUUAAGCGACGAAAGGCUGAAAAGGAAAUGGAGGAGAGUAGUCCAAUUGCAAAACGUACUCGGUCUCAUUUUGUUUCAUCAGAAGACAAAGAAAUUAAGAAAUGA